CAGGAACUGAGUACAGUGUGGUGUUUACAUGCAGAACUGAUGAUGUGAAAGGGGAAAGCUUCAAUAGUUGCAUUCAAGGAGGGCUACACGUACACACAUGCCGAGAUGGGUAACGCUGAAAGUGUGGUGGUGCAGAAACGGAUGACCCGGUUUCGUCCCGAUGAGAGACCCGUUGUGGAGGGGCUCUUCGAUAAGCUGGUCUCGGGCUCUGCUGCUGGUGCACCGGCCAAGGGGAAGGCUUUAACGCUCGACAUACUGAAGGCCCACAUGGGCAGCGUAGCAUCGGACUCUAUGAUAAAGAGGAUGUAUGGGGCUAUGAGCAGCGUGGACGCGGGAGUGCCCCCGGUGGCUGGUGGCGGAGUGAGCCGGGAGCAGCUGGUCAUCUUCCUGGCGGACACCCUCCGCGGCACGGCAGAGGAGAGGGCACCCAUCGUCAUGGCAAUGGCAGUGCCGCCGGGCGGGAAGAAGGGGGAGGCGGUGGCCACUGUGGACCAGAUAAAACAGUUUCUGGGGGACCUCAUCUCAGCUGCGCUGCAGAUAUUGGCCACCAGGGGGUGCCUUCGGGGCUGGAAGCCGGAGCGCAUGGCAGAUCAGGACACCGGGGUGCGACUGCUGGCCGAGCAGCUGAGCUCCGAGAUGAAGGCCUCAGACCAGCAGACGUGCGACACCCCCUGUGUGGAGGACUGGCUGUUCCGCGUCUCCUCGGUGGCCGUGUACCUGGAGCUGCUGAUCAGCGAGGGCCUCUCGCUGGCCUUCCCAUCCCGCCCGCCCACCGCCCUGCUCCCCCAGUGCCGGGAGGCCCCCUGGGCACAGCUGCGCAGCAGCCUGCUAGACCUGCCCCUGCUGCUCUUCCUGUCUCCCCUGCUGCCCGAGGGACACGGCGCCCCCUGGCGGCUGCUGUUCUCCACGCAGCUGCACGGCGAGAGCUUCACGCGCAUGGUCAGCGGGUGUAAAGGCCGGGGCCCCACCGUGCUGCUGCUGAGGGACACCAAGGGCCACGUGUUCGGGGGGUUCGCGUCGCACGGCUGGGAGAUCAGGCCACAGUUUCAGGGAGACUCCAGAUGUUUCCUCUUCUCGGUGGCUCCUCACAUGCGCGUCUACACCUGCACCGGCUACAACCAGCACUACAUGUACCUGAACCAGGGAACGCAGACCAUGCCUAAUGGACUGGGUAUGGGAGGUCAGCACGGCUACUUUGGGCUGUGGCUGGACAGUGACUUUGGCGCGGGCCACAGCCGCGCGCGGCCCAAGUGCACAACCUACGGCAGCCCGCAGCUCUCGGCGGACGAGGAGUUCAAGAUAGACGCCAUGGAGGUCUGGGCCGUCACCGAACCCCCCAAACCAGACGAGGAUGAUGAUGAGGAUGAUGAUGGUGAUGUUAAGAAGAAGAAGAGCAUCCUGAAUGCCGACCCGGAGGUGCAGGCCAUGAUGGAGAUGACGGGGAAGACGCUACACAGCCAGGGCCUCCGGGAACCGGAGGAGGACGAGGACUAGCCAGCCGCCAGCCGUGUGUGUGUUUAGUGUGUGAGGUGGAGUGUGUGUGUGUGCGCGUGCAUUUGAUUGAGUGUUGUUCGGGUGUGUGAAGACUCAGAGGAUGAGGACUUGUUUGUGUGUGUGUGUGUGUGUGUGUGUGUGUGUGUGUGUGUGUGUGUGUGUGUGUGUGUGUGUGUGUGUGUGUGUGUGUGUGUGUGUGUGUGUGUCAUGUGUCAUGAGACUAGAGGGAGAGUAAAUGUUAUGAAUAUAAAUGUGCUGUGAUGGUCUCUCUGCUGUCUGCUAUCCAGGGGGACAACAGUUACAUCCUGGUACACGAGACCUCUACACUCGCAGAACUCUGAAGUAUUUUGUUGCUUGAUGUAUAAUUAUGUUCUACUAUAUGUAUUAAUAUGCAUUUCAAACCAGGAAUGGUGCUGGUUGUUUUGUUUUUUUUAUUUGAAGUCCCAAAGAGAUCCUUUUGGAAAGUUACAUUCGAGAUGUGUGUGUAGUCUUACGAAGUCUAUCCUGGCGAUAGGAUACUCAAGAAGAAUCAAGUUUAUUUUAUUUUAAAUGAUAAAUGAUGAAUGAGAUCCACUUCGAAACUGUAGCUGGUUUUAUCGGAAGUUAAUGCUAUGAAUAAAGCAUUAAAAUGCAAUAAAAUUCUCUUCUCAGCA